AUGGCGUGGCCUGCAGGGCCCGGCGCGAUGGGCCAGCGGCCCGUGCUCGCGCUGCUGCUGCUCAGCGCUGCGCCGUGGUCUUGCGCGGUGCGCAGCCCCGCGUGCCCCGGCGGCUGCAUCAUCGCGACCACCACGGUCCCCGACCGUGUGUGCGAGUGCGUCCAUGAGCGCUGCUCACGCGCCGCCGCCGCGCCGGUCGCCGCGGCGCUCGCUGCGCUCGCUCCUGCCGACUCAGCGCCUGCUGGCGGCACAGGCGCCGCGAUGCCGUUUUUCGCCCCCGACGGCCCUGCCGACGGCGCGCCAACGGGCGCCCCAGGCCCGCCGCCGCGCGCUGCGAUCGGCGGCAGCGUCGUGCCGCCGCGCGCGGCACUGCCCGACAACUGCGGGUUCUGCGACUCUGGGCACAACACAUACGCUUCCUUUGAGGAUUGCAGGAGCAACCAGCAGAAUUUCCUGCCGGCGGGGCCGGCGGCGGCCGCGGCCGCAUACCCUCAGCUGGCGGCGACCCAGACGCAGGCAGUCGCCCGGCAUGCGGCCGCGCGCCCGGCGCUCGCCGCGGCGCCGCUCGAGGGGGCCGGAAUGCAGGCGGCAGCAAUUGUGUGCCCUUGGCCGGUGGUCGCGCCGGGCGGCGACGGCGUGGCGCGCACGGGUUGCCCG